UAUAUAAGACGCCUUAUUCAAUUAAACCACUUACUCUUAUUUCAAAAUAAGGUAACACACAAGCAAAAUAGUAACUAGAUAACAGAUAAAAUGUCUUCCACUAACGACGGAAACGACACACUAAACGCAAAGACAGUUGCCAUGUGUAUACUUUUUGCCACAUCUAUGACUCUCGGUAUUAUUCCCAUAAAACUUUCCAAAUGGUUCGACUGGAAAUCUGGUACCAAAAACAGCACUUACGUCCAAAUGCUGCUCUCUCUAGGCGGAGGUGUUUUGUUGUGUACAACAUUCCUGCAUUUGCUUCCAGAAGUGGCCGAAAGCAUAGAAAAUCAGGAAAGCUUCACGAAGUACCAAGUUCUCCCUCUUGCUGAACUCCUCAUGUGUGCUGGCUUUUUCGUCAUGUAUUUUGUGGAAGAAUGCGUCCAUUUUUACCUACAUCAGAGAGAGUUGAAUUUUCAUCUAAAAUCAGCUCGAAGUAGUAUUUCUGUAAGUAGGGGUCAGAUGGAGGAGAAAAGCGAUGAGGAUAUGGUACCACCUCCGGAUGUGGUGAUCCCCGACCAAGGAUACCAACAGUACCACCACCACAUUGAUCACAGCCACGUGGAUCACAGUCACAUGGUAAUUGAGGAUUCGACGAUUAUCUCAAUUAGGGGUUUUUUGGUGGUUUUGGCUUUAUCGGUCCACGAGCUGUUUGAAGGUCUGGCCGUGGGUUUAGAGUCUUCUAGUAGUAAUGUGUGGUACAUGUUUGGAGCUGUGAGUGCUCAUAAACUAGUCAUUGCGUUUUGCAUUGGCGUCGAAUUGGUUACUUCGGGAAUGAAGACGACGCUGGUGGUGAUUUAUGUAUUUAUUUUUGCUGUGGUCAGUCCUUUGGGGAUUGGGAUCGGGAUUGCGGUUACUGAGAAAAGCGAAUCUUCAACCACGAUGGUAUCUGUGAUAUUGCAAGGGUUAGCGAGUGGGACUCUGCUCUAUGUUGUGUUCUUCGAAAUAUUGAGAGAAGAGAGGAAGGCAGGGAUUAAACAGUAUUUUUCAGUUUUACUUGGAUUUAUUAUUAUGUUAGGAAUAACUUUAAUAGAUAUUGACUAAAGAAUUUUGACAUGGUAUAUGUACAUACUCAAAAAUGAAUAAAUAUAAGUUUUCUAAAAAUGAAAAUUUAAAAAUGUUAAUUCUAAGGUUAAAUAAAUAUUUAUGAAACAAUAAAGAAAAAACUGUAAAGAUGAAAAAACCACAAUCAGGCUGCUUUGAGUGAAAUAUGUCCAAUGACCUAUUGUCAUAAUUUUGAGAUUUUCCAUUAUGAUCAUGUUCACGGUUACGAUCAGUCGAUCACUUACGAUUUUUAAUCGUAAAUAAAUACAGAAAUUUUAGUCCAAACACAAAGUGGGUCAAAUGUUCGAGGGUCAAUAGAUAAGAAAGUGUGUUGGUA